AUGGCUCAGCGAAGCGCUAGCGACGAAGCAAGACUUGAGGUCGCUCUGAUGCUUGUCGCUCUCGGAUCCCUUGAAGAUGAGAUAAACGCCGCAAAGGCGAAAGUAGAAACCAUCAAACGUCGACUCAUCAUGAACAGCUUCAUGUUGACAGCGUCGGCACUGUCCCUUCGAGCCGCCAACCGCGAAAGGUGGACCUACGUGCGCAACGAACGAUGGUUUGAAGACACAGUGCCCUGCCUUGGUGACGGCCACUUUAAGCAAAGUUUUCGAGUGAGCCCAGCCACCUUCCGUUAUCUUGUGGACUGUCUGCGUCCUUCGCUGGAGAGGGUUACAACGAAUAUGCGCGAGUGCAUUGCGGUGGAAAAAGUGGUGGCCAUCGGCUUAUUCAAACUGUGCUCCGUGGCAGAGGACCGAGUCGUGGCCACUGUCUUUGGCGUCGGACAAUCAACGGUGAAUGGCAUUUAUCGAGAGUUUUGCGAAGCCGUCAUUUCCGUCUUGGAAAAGGACUGGCUCAAGAUGCUGCGUCCAGCGGACAUGGACGAACACAUUCGCGAAUUCAUGGCCGUCUGUGACUUUCCCCAAGCCGUAGGAGCCCUCGACGGCUGCCACUUUCCCGUGUCGCCGCCGGAAGAACAUGCCACUGACUAUUAUAACUAUAAGGGAUGGUAA